AUGCCGUUUCGAAAACGUUCAACAGCUCACAAGGUCGGAUUAAAAUCAAUCGACCGUACAAGGUUACCGAAGGGUUACACCCCUACACAGUUAGGCUUCUCCAGAGCUCCUCUUGUUUCAUCGCGCUACCUUCUUGCUAAUACGCCCUCUGUCUCUCAAACGGUGAGUCAAGUUAGCGUAAAAGUGGAAGCCAUAUUUGGUGUGAUUCGCGGUCGGUUCAGUGAUGUUUAUCGGCCAAUUGAAUUUGAUCCGACCGCUGAAGAUUAUAUCGGAUUGAAGGGCAGCUUUGACGAUCAUAUCGGAUUACUGGUGCACGGGGAAGAAGGAGGGCAGAAGACCGCGAUACAACCGGACCCAAGAGGUUUACCGAGCUUACCACCCAACUUGGAAGCUCGUCUACCACAACUCGAUCAGAGCUUGAGGAUCACGCACGCUGAAUGGCUGCCAGUCACGAAAACCAGAUUCAAGUUCUUUGUAUAUUCGGCAUACUUCGACGACAGGGUUGGCAGUACUGGCGCGCUAACCGGCAAAAAUCAAGGCAUGGUGCGCAUAAUAAGCGCAACAAAGACAAAAGGACCAGAACGUGUUUGGUGCAGAUUUUGGUAUCGACCAGAGAGCAGAGGGAACGUUACCGCUUCCGUAACGGUAGCUGCUAAAGUGAAGGUGAUCAGAGAGAACUGGAGCCUGAAGUACAGUGCCUGCUUUGUGAUUUGUCCGUUGCCCAAGGAAUCACCCACGACCGACAAAGUGCCAGAAACGGUUAGCGUCGUGGCCAGGCUUAAAGCAGUCCCAACGAAUCGGAUCCUCGUUCAGAACCGACCGGAAACUAGGUCGAAAGAGAAGGAAUUGUUGGCCGUCUGCGUGAAACCCUUGCAUUACGAUUACAAUAGAGUGCUGCAACUCGUGGAGUUUAUCGAGUUGCAUAGACUGCUUGGCGCUGCCCACGUGACUCUGUACAAUGACACGGUUGGCGCAGAGGCCGGAUGCGCUCUCAAGUACUACGAAGCUAAAGGUCUCGUUACUGUGUUACCUUGGCAUCAUUUGGACAUGAUUUCGCAACGAGAAAUUCGUACAGAAGGAUUGUUCGCCGCCCUGAACGAUUGCCUUUAUCGAUCUAUGUACAAAUACGAGUACGUGGCGUUGGUGGACCUCGACGAGUUUAUUAUACCGAGGCAUAACGACACGAUAAUUGAUCUUAUAAGAUGGAUGACCAGUCGUAUAAACACAAAGUCCACCGGAGCAUAUUCCUUUCAAAACGCUUUCUUUUAUUUACAAUGGGCCGACGACCCAUUCAUAGUGAUGAGCCGGACACCAAUCGAAGCUGGUUUAAUCACAUUAAGGAAAACGAGACGUAGAACUAAACUGCACCCACAGAAACAGCGCUCAAAGUACGUCUGCAAGCCGCAGGACAUCGUCGAAGCUGGUAAUCACUUUGUUUGGGAGUUCAUACCUGGACACGGAACUCUAAACGUACCGUCGGAAGCUGCGAUUUUACACCAUUAUCGGGUCUGCGAAUUCGGCGGCGACGACUGUAUAAAGACUCAAUCGGUAGUCGAUAGAACGGCCUACAAAUACAAGGAUAGAUUAUCAGACAGCGUUGGCAAAACUUGGGCGGACCUGAAUACUGAAUGUUUACUACCAACAUUGGACCCAAUACCGGCGAUGACACCACGGAUAAAAACAGGUCCUGUGUUGAAAUCGGUCAGGUAGCAGAAAACCAUCGUCGACAUCUUGUGGGACAUUGGUAAUUUUACUGGUACGCCCAAAGUAGCGAGAACCUAUUUCUAUAACUAUGGUGGCCCUUAACACACGUUGUCUGUUAACUACGAGCAUCGCUCGUAGCUGACGAUUUGUCAUCAGACGCCAUCUACAAGUAAAUUAUAAAUAAUGAACGUUUGAAGGGAGAAUAAAAAUAGUAUGCGUUAGAGUACCAAAUAUUUAUUCAAAAAUAAAAUAAGUAACGAGUUACCUCGUAGCUGGCGCCUGUGCAAAGAGUUGUGUCGUGAAGCAUUUUGUUCAACAAAAGUAACAAAACUGUGACAGCCAACGUGUUAAUUUCUCACAGUAGAUCGUCGCUUUCUGCGAGAAAUUCCACCAAGUCGGGAUUAGAAGAGGGGGUAUAGAGUCGGAUUAAGGCAUAGACUUUAGGGGCUACAGCCUAAGGACCUUCGCUAGCUCAAGGACUUACAGACGUUAAGUGAAAAGUUGUUUUAUUUGUGAUUGUUAAAUCAAAUAUAGAUAUUUUAAAUUAUGUAUUUUAAUCCCUUGUGCUUCAAACGGUUUCCCUACACAACGUGUCAUCAUAAUGAGGCCCGAAAAGCCAUGACGCAGAAUUUGCAUGGUGUCGUAGAGAAACUUCAGAAGUGCAAAGGAUUAACAAAGGAUUUAAUUGAUACUAACUGAGACUUACGGUUGUAAACCGUGUCUUUUGGAUAAAAUACUCCGAUGUUUCGUCAGUGUUGCAGCUAACUUUAGAAAUAAAUGACACACUGACAUUAUUGACGUGACACGGUUUACUGGUCAUCUAUGGAAGUUGUUCCGAUUAUUUAGAUGAACUACCGAAAAAUUGGGAGCAGUGUGUUCCAGAUAGGGUUCAAAAUAUAUCCUAUGUCUCCAAUGAUAUUUCGAUUAAUUUCGUUUUGUCAAAAAGUAUUUGAUGGCUCGUAAUUAUUUGGUGUUUUGCUACAGUUGAUCGUAUGUAGCCUAAUCUGACGCAUCUUUCGUGUUCUUUCGGACGUAAACAUCGCAUUUUCAGUUUCACCAAUGUAUACUUAACCGCAUGAGCACGAUAUUUUCUAUAUACUUAAUGAUAAUACUUGAGAGUUUUUCUCUCUUCAUCCGUAUUUCUGUUUCUUCCUAUUGUUUUAUCUACUUUAGACUUUCCUAUACUUUGUUCUUGUUGAAACUAUUUAAAAGUAAAGCGUUCUUAAUGUAAGCUCUAUUUCUUCAUCGAGAUUUUCAUUCUUGCAAAUAUUGACUAUCAAUAAAUCUAUCGAUUAAGAAGAUGAUUACUAAAUUAUUCUUGAAGGGAGAGGGGUAGGAUUAAGAGGCUAUCAUCAUUCGUGCGAAAGAAAAAAUUAUAUCUUUUACGAAUUUUUAUUUCGCAUAACAAAUAAUUGUAAAAUGUCAGCGUGUUCAUACCUAAUAGUAACACAAUUUUUGUUAUUUAUUUUUCAUUGAGAAUAGCAACGUGAGAUUUAUCCUCUUUUUCCAUACAAAUUUCAUGUGACUAUAAGAAUGAAAAAAAAUGAUUAAAAAUAAACAACAAAAUUUUAGUAUAUUUUAGUAGUUUUACAUGUUUACUGUUAUAUGUAAAUACAUUAAAAUUCCAUAAUUAUUUGUAGAUGACUUUGAUUUCAUGUACAUGUGCAAAUUUCGUGCAUGCUUAUCUAUGUUGUAGGUGAGAGAUGUAUGGUCGAUGGUAUGGUAUUUUGCAAGUUUAUAUAUUGAGACUAUUAUUGUGCCUACGAUUGGUCAAAGUAUGAUAUUGAGUUUAUGAAUUUUGAAAAUCCAUAAAGUUUAGGUACUUUAUUUUGGUAGGACGAAUUUGUGAAUAUUAUCUAGUCGAUCGGCUGUUUUAAUUGUAGCUGCUGUAUUCCUUUCAACAGUUUUUGUUGGGGUUUGCUGGAGAUUUUUGAUUCUAAGCUACUCACGUCAGAGUCUCUUAUCCAUAGGAUAUGGCUUACACUGGGAAGCCUCGAUUAAUAUCAAGUACAAAAAACUGGGACGUAAGAGCCUCAAAUAUCCUAAAGGAUUUAACUAAUAUACUGUAUAUACAUAUACAUAUUUGUAGCAAAGAAACUAUGGCAAAGAUAACAAUGUACUGUAUACAUAUAUAUGCUCACAGUACCUGUAGCCCAAGGGUCUACAAAAUCUUAAUCCGGCGCUCGAGGGAAGGGGGACAUACCGUUUUUUCUACAAUUUGCGGUCCACACCUGAUAAAUUUCGUUUUCGAAAAUGGAGAACGGUGCCUGUCAACGAACCAAUACGGAGUGCUGUCGUUGACGAAGGCGCGACGCUCAUCGAAAAGCUGAUGAAUAAUAUUUUUCUACGUGAGAAGGACUCAUGACCGGCCAGGAAAGUAUCGAGUGAACUUUCCGGGUCGAUCCUGCAACUCUUACGCUAUGGUGCUUCUUUCACGAUUUUAUACGUGUAUUUACUUAUAAGUUUCUUUCUGUUAGAACGAAGCCGAUCACCGUGAAACUGAUUAAGAUGUAGAUGUUUACCAAGCAAGGCCUACACAAUCGGUCUACAUUGCCGGCUAUAACGUGAGAUUUGAUAGUAACACUGUACCGAUGGUACAUUCUUUUGAACACACCUAUAAAAUCCGCACAACGUAUAAAUAAAACAUACGCAUAUCCAUAGGAUCAAUACCUAGUCGUAGUUUAUGUAUGUAUAAUAUGUAUUUAGAACAUCUAGUAUUUAAUCUAUAGCGAACGAGUAGAACGCGUAUUGUUUUUAAAACGCCGUUUGCAUCUAGCAAUUUCUAUCCGACAAAUUGCGUUACGCUACGAACAACCUCUUAGUUUAGGAGAAAUCUUGCGUUAACUUGAAUUAAUGUUAAUUACGUUUUAACGAUUUUAAUCGUUAUCGACCAGUCUCGCGAAUAUACUUUUCCAUUAUCUGGCGAAAGUAAUUUCUGAUAAUGUUGUUACAUAAAGAUAGUCAUAUUAUGGACGAUGAUUGUUAAUUAUGCUCACAAAGACGAAGAGGGAUGAAGUAUUAUUAUGUCAGCUAAGUAGUUGUUACAAAUUCGAGCGUUAUGACAAUGAAGACGGCAACUGUUUCUAUUUCUUUCAUAAGGUCCACACUUUUUUACGCGCACAUACAUUUAUGUAUAUAUGUGUAUACACAAAUGUGUACGUAUAUUUACG